AUGAAUUUAAAAGUUAUUUUAUUUCACUAUAUUUUUUUACUUCUUUUUCGACAUUUACAAUGUGUAAAAACGGAUGAACAGAGUGAAAGUAAUUUCACAGUUGUGAAAAAUUGGCCGUUUUAUUCUGAUUUUGGCCAGAUAUCAGGAGUCGGCAUUGACAGUUACGAUAAUAUUUAUGUCUUUCAUAGAGCAAGCCGGCAAUGGGACUCGAAUACAUUUUCUGUCAACAACACUUUUUUAGGCCAAGGUCCAAUCACAAAAGAAACAAUUGUCGUUCUUGAACCUAAAUCAGGUUCUCUAUUAGGCAAAACUGGAAAAAAUCGUUUUUUCUUACCCCAUGGUUUAACAGUCGAUCAUGAAGAUAAUGUGUGGGUGACAGAUGUUGCCCUACACCAAGUUUUUAAAUUUUCACCUUUUAAAUUGAAAUCAAAAGAUAAUAUUGAUUUGGGACAGCCUCUUCUUACUUUGGGUGUUCCUCUGACACCAGGAAGUGAUGAAAAACAUUUUUGCAAACCAACCGAUAUCGCUGUGGACAGAAAAACAAAUGAUUUUUAUGUAAGCGAUGGAUAUUGUAAUUCAAGAAUAAUUAAAUUCGAUAAAAAUGGAAAACUAUUAUUAAUAAUUGGACGAUCAACAAUAGGGGAUUUUAGCAAAAAUAUGUACAUGCUAAAUUUGCCUCAUGCACUUGCUAUGUCACAAACUGAACAAUUAUUAUAUGUAGCAGAUAGGGAAAAUUUUAGAACUUUAUCAUACAGCUUUCUAACUGGAAAAUUCAAUCGUACUUAUCAAGAAAAUUUUAAUGACAGAGUUUUUAGUAUUACCUACGCUUCUGGGAACAAUUACAAUAGCAGUGAUGGUAUUCUUUUUGCCUUAAUUAACCAACAAAGUUACUCGAGAAUCUCUGUUUAUGAUACAAAAAGUGGGAAGAAAAUAAAUUUUAAAAUGGAUCAAAUUCUUACGAAUCCUCACGAUUUAGCCGUUAGUAUAAACGGUCGUUAUUGUUACGUUGUAGAAUUGAAUCCCUUUAAAAUAUGGAAGCUCGAAAUAAAUUUCGCAGCAGAACAAUUUCAUGAAAAAAAUAUUUUAAAUCAGAGUAAAGUGUCAAUUCAAGAAACCAAUAAUAAUGAUAAUAAUAAAUCAGCGGAAAAAUUACUCUCAAAAACUAAAACCGAACAAAUUGAAAACGCUGGAAAUAAACGGUAUGGAUUUAAAAGACUUAUGGUUGAAAAUGAUGACGAAGAUACGUACAGCGAUGUCGAAAAUUAA